GAAAAUGUAUGUGUCAGAGCAUGUGAAGCUAUAAAGGUGUAACUUGAUUUUGUAGUUAUAAAAUAAGGAAGAACCUUUUUUGAUGUCUUGUUUGAUCUUGUAGAACGUGGAAGUGCAUCGUUUCAAUGGCCUCCAAAGGACAUGGCGACACCGACUCAGGACGGUUACCCCCGGCCCCAGCUUACUCCAAAGAGGUGCCGCCUGGUCACAAUGCUGUGUACCCAGUGCCCACCGUGGUGCCACCACCCCCAAGCUACCUGACACCUUCAGCCCCACCGGUUCAUAUGAUGAUGUCUGCCUCUCUCGGACCACUCAAUGCUGUCUACCCAUCUCCCACAAACCCUGGAUUCCCACCCCCUGGAUACGUGACCCCUUCCGCUCCUCCGAUGAUGCCUGCCCCUUUCGGACACCCUAAUGCUGUCUACCCCGCGCCCACGAACCCCGGAAUCCCGCCAGUACCCCCAGGCUACGUGCCCCCUCCGGUCCCUGCGAUGAUGCCUGCCCCUCCGCCUGAUCUCCGACCCACCGGCUGCCCCCCAGGACUGGAAUACCUGAUUCAUGUCGACCAGCUUCUCGUCCAUCAGACUUUUCAUCUGGCCGAACUGCUGGGUUGGGAGGUUAGAAAUUCCUACAAUGUGAAGAACAGCAUCGGGCAACAAGUGUUUCUGGCGGAAGAGGAGAACAACUGCUGCACCCUACAGUGCUUUGGCCCCAGCCGACCUUUCACCUUUCACAUCCAGGACAACCUGGGGCAGGAGGUGUUGACCCUGACGCGCCCUCUUGCGUGCAGCUACUGCUGCUUCCCCUGCUGCCUGCAAGACCUGGAGGUGCAGAGUCCCCCCGGUAUUCCCAUCGGGUAUGUGGUGCAGGAGUGUCACCCGUUCCUGCCCAAACUCACUGUGCUGAACGAGAGGAGGCAGCCUCAGCUGAGGAUCAAAGGGCCGCUGUUUUUCUGUAGUUGUUGCAGAGACGUCACAUUUGAGGUGAAGACUCUGGAUGACUCAAUGUUGAUAGGGCACAUCAGUAAGCAGUGGUCCGGCUUCCUGCGCGAAGUCUACACGGACUCAGAUCAUUUUGGAAUCGUGUUCCCAAUGGACCUGGAUGUGAAGAUGAAGGCUGUGCUGCUGGGAGCCUGCUUCCUGAUCGAUUUCCUGUAUUUUGAGGAAAGGAAAGGAGACAAGAAACAUUGAACUUUUACUCUGUGCCGACUACGGAACCCACGGUUCCUUAGUGUAUUGUGAAGAACUUUCAGAAUCAUCACGCAUCAAAAUUACAUUAGACCUACAAUAAAGUUGCAUGUCAAAAUCAACAACUCCAAAUCCCUCUCAUUGUGUAUAUCUAACGGUCCUCUCCCCAGUGUUACUCUCCAUCUUAAACAACUUCCUACUUCUCAGCAUCAACAAAACAACUACAAGGCUACAAGCUCCCGGGGUUCAGUAACAACAAAACAACUUGAAGGCUAAAUGGUUCGGGGUUCAGGAACAACAAAACGACUACAAACUACAAGGACCAGGGGUUCAGUACCAACAAAACAACUACAAGGUUACAAGGUCCCUGGCUUCAGUACCAACAAAACAACUACAAGGUUACAAGGUCCCAUGGGUUCUGUAACAACAGAAGCAGGGCAAGCUUCAUCCUAACAGCCACCAUCCCAUUGAAUAGUGGGACAUAGGACACAAUUUACAUUACAUGGCCAGACAGUAGGCUAUACAUGUCACAGUGUGUUUACUUUGUAUUGUAUUCCAUUAUAUUAUAGUGUAUUGAAUUUGUGUAUUUCCUUUCUGUCAUAUAUACAGUACAAUUCCAAUGCAAAUGGACAAUACAACGUAUGUUGCAUCAUACAAGCUCAAUGCAACUUUGACAUAGCAACUAAAUGGUGGCUAGAAUCCAACAAAAUAUCAUGCUGCUGAGUGUCGCAAAUU